AUGGGGUUCGGAGACAUCCAGACCCAGCCGGGCACGUAUUCAAUGCACCAUAUGACGACAAGCACACGUAUCACAUCAAGGUUCCUAAAAAACAAGACCACCAACAUGAAGAGACUUGGAGUUGAUCCACCAUGUGGAGUGCCCGAACCCAAGGAAGAUGUACUGUUGGCAGUUUCAUGUGAUGCCUUCGCAUUCGGACAAGACGACACCAACAACGACCGUAUCACCGUCGAAUGGACCAACACCCCGGAUGGAGCUGCCAAGCAGUUCCGCCGUGAAUGGUUUUAA